AACUUGAAAGCUCUGAUGUGCAGCGUCAAGGUUUUGCAUCUCACGUCUAGUGGCCCUAAUCUUGAUGCCGCUAUAGUCUUCCUCAAAAAAAUUCCUUGCUUGGAGAAGCUCUACAUCACGUCAUGUCCUGGAAAUGAUAUGGAGAAAGUGCAUCAUCUUCAACCACAAGAUCCUAUUGAACGCCUCGAUCAUCUCAGAGAAGUAGAGUUGAAGUUUUAUAUUGGCAGCAGAACGGAUGUCAACUUUGCCAAGUUCUUUCUUCUGAAUGGUAAAGUGCUCGAGUUAAUGAGGUUUGGUGUCAAGGACCAAUAUACUGAGGAAUGGGUAGCUGAUCAACACAGCCAGCUACAUGUUGAUAGCAGGCCUUCUCCAAAUGCUCAACUUGAAUUUACAGCUGCUGAUGUUGGCAACCUUUUGACCAUAUUCUGUUCUUGACGGAUCCCUCCAGUGGCCUUGUGGACAUUGUGGACAAGGUUGACUAGAUUGUUGUGCCCCGUCAGGUUUUGUGGCAAUGUCUCGUCACUGCAAAACUGGAAACAUGGUACUUUGUGACUUAUGUGUAAUGCUUUAGAGAUUGUCAUGCAACUAUUUUACUACUUGUCAUGUUAUUGUGAUGUGGCAUGUCUUGGCAUUCUAAA